CCUUUCUCCUUCUCCUCUCCAAAGACGGAAGCCCGAGGACAAGCGAAGAGGAGCGGCGGCAAAGCUGCAGCAGCUGGGCUAGGCUGACGAGAUGGGGGACUCUAAAGUGAAGGUGGCGGUGCGGGUCCGGCCCAUGAAUAGGAGGGAAAUAGACCUGCAUACAAAAUGUGUGAUAGAUGUGGAUGGAAACAAAGUGAUUCUUCAUCCCGUUAACACUAACCUUUCAAAAGGAGAUGCCAGGAGUCAACCAAAGGUGUUUGCCUACGAUCACUGCUUCUGGUCUAUGGAUGAAGCGGUCAAAGAAAAAUAUGCAGGCCAAGAUGUUGUUUUCAAGUGCCUUGGAGAGAACAUUCUCCAGAACGCCUUUGAAGGCUACAAUGCGUGUAUCUUUGCCUAUGGGCAGACUGGGUCUGGAAAAUCUUACACAAUGAUGGGCACAGCGGACCAGCCUGGAUUAAUCCCCCGGCUCUGCAGCACUCUCUUUGAGAGAGCCCAGAGAGAGGAAAAUGAAGAACAGAGUUUCAAAGUGGAAGUGUCCUACAUGGAGAUUUACAAUGAGAAAGUCAGAGAUCUUCUGGACCCAAAGGGGAGCCGCCAGUCUUUAAAAGUCAGAGAACACAGCGUCUAUGGGCCAUAUGUAGAUGGGCUUUCAAAACUAGCUGUUGCCAGUUACAAGGACAUAGAGUCCUUGAUGUCUGAAGGCAACAAAUCUCGGACAGUCGCUGCAACCAACAUGAACGAAGAGAGUAGUCGGUCCCAUGCAGUUUUCAAGAUCAUCCUCACACACACUUUGUAUGAUGUAAAGUCAGGGACAUCUGGUGAAAAAGUGGGCAAGUUGAGCCUGGUUGACUUAGCAGGCAGUGAAAGAGCGACAAAGACAGGAGCUGCAGGAGACAGGCUGAAGGAAGGAAGCAACAUCAACAAGUCGCUCACAACUCUUGGACUGGUUAUUUCCGCCCUUGCAGAUCAGGCUGCUGGCAAAAAUAAGAACAAAUUUGUUCCCUAUCGUGACUCGGUGCUCACUUGGCUUCUCAAAGACAGCCUUGGUGGCAACAGCAAAACAGCUAUGGUUGCAACAGUCAGCCCCGCAGCAGAUAAUUACGAUGAGACGCUUUCCACCUUGAGGUAUGCAGACCGGGCCAAGAAUAUUGUGAACCACGCUGUGGUGAAUGAAGACCCCAACGCUCGCAUCAUUCGAGAACUGCGGGAGGAGGUGGAGAAACUCAGGGAGCAACUUACCAAAGCAGAGGCAAUGAAAUCUCCAGAACUAAAGGAUCGCUUGGAGGAAUCUGAAAAACUCAUCCAAGAGAUGACUGUGACCUGGGAAGAGAAGCUACGAAAAACUGAGGAAAUUGCACAGGAGCGGCAGAAGCAGCUUGAAAGCCUUGGCAUCUCUCUUCAGUCUUCCGGGAUCAAAGUUGGUGAUAACAAGUGCUUUCUGGUUAACUUGAAUGCUGACCCUGCUCUCAAUGAACUCUUGGUCUACUAUUUAAAGGAACACACACUAAUUGGGUCAGAUAAUUCCCAGGAUAUCCAGCUAUGUGGAAUGGGGAUUCUGCCUGAGCACUGUAUAAUAGAUAUCACCUCAGAUGGACAAGUUAUGCUGACACCUAAGAAGAAUACAAGGACAUUUGUAAAUGGCACCGCUGUCACAGGUCCCACACAGCUACACCAUGGAGACAGAAUCCUGUGGGGAAACAAUCACUUCUUCAGGCUAAAUUUGCCAAAAAAGAAAAAAAAGGCAGAAGCUGAGGACGAAGACAGUUCGAUGAAAGGAAGCAACAGCUCCGAGCAGCUAGAUUUAGAUGGAGACAACUCCAGUGAAGUGUCCAGUGAGAUCAACUUCAGCUAUGAAUAUGCCCAGAUGGAGGUCACUAUGAAAGCACUCGGUGGCAAUGAUCCCAUGCAAUCAAUUUUGCAGAGCCUGGAGCAGCAGCAUGAAGAAGAGAAGCGGUCUGCCUUGGAGCGUCAAAGGGUUAUGUAUGAACAUGAGUUGGAACAGCUCCGAAGACGGUUGUCUCCAGAGAAACAGCACUUCCGUGCUAUGGACAGGUUCUCCUGCCAUUCUCCCAAUGCUCAACAACGAUUACGACAGUGGGCAGAAGAGAGAGAAGAGAUGCUAAACCACAGCCUGAGGAAGCUGAGGGAGCAGAUUGUGAAGGCCAACUUGUACGUGAGGGAAGCUAACUUCAUUGCAGAGGAGAUGGAUAAAAGAACAGAGUACAAGGUUACUCUGCAGAUCCCAGCCUCAAGCCUCAAUGCAAACAGAAAGCGAGGUGCCGUUCUUAGUGAACCAGCCAUUCAGGUGAGGAGGAAAGGAAAAGGCAAACAGAUCUGGUCACUUGAGAAGCUGGAGAACCGACUGGUAGACAUGAGGGAUCUCUAUCAAGAAUGGAAGGACUGUGAGGAGGACAACAUGAGGUCUUACUUCAGGCGAGGGGAUCCUUUCUAUGACGAACAAGAGAAUCACAGCCUUAUUGGGGUGGCCAACGUCUUCCUCGAAUCCCUGUCUUGGGAUGUGAAGCUCCAGUACGCCGUUCCAAUCAUCAACCAGAAAGGAGAGGUAGCAGGUCGACUGCAUGUUGAAGUGGUACGAGUGAGCGGUGAGAUUGGUGAGCGAAUCGUAGGAGGUGAUGACAGCAUGGAGGCCUCCACCGAGAGUGAUCUGCAGGAGCAGAAGUUGGUGUGCAUGAUCAAAAUCCUUCAAGCAACAGGUCUGCCCCAGCACCUCUCCAACUUUGUGUUCUGCAAAUAUUCUUUCUGGGAUCAGCUGGAACCCGUGACAGUGGCCCCAGAAGUGGACCCUUCUCUGUCUCCCAUCAGCAAAGAGCCCCGGUGCAUGGUUGUCUUUGACCACUGCAAUGAAUUCUCUGUAAAUGUUACUGAAGAUUUUCAGGAGUAUCUCUAUGAAGGUGCUUUGGCCAUUGAAGUUUAUGGGCACAAGCAGUGCGACCCUCGAAAAAACCCAGCACUGUGGGAUCUAGGAAUAAUUCAAGCUAAAACACGAAGUCUUCGAGACAGGUGGAGUGAGGUCACACGCAAACUGGAGCUGUGGGUUCAAAUUCUGGAACUUAAUGAGAAUGGGGAGUAUUGCCCAGUGGAGGUGAUACCAGCUAAAGAUGUGCAUACCGGUGGCAUCUUUCAGCUCAGGCAGGGUCAGUCCCGCAGAAUUCAAGUGGAAGUGAAGUCUGUGCAGGAAUCUGGAACGUUGCCUCUCAUGGAAGAAUCCAUAUUAUCUGUUGGAGUGGGUUGCGUUCAGAUAAGAAACAUCAAGUCACCAAAAAGCCAUGAGAAUUGUCAGGAGGAAGAUGAUGACAUGGACAGUUACCAGGACAGAGACCUGGAGAGGCUACGUCGGAAGUGGCUGAACACGCUUACAAAGCGCCAGGAAUACUUGGAUCAACAGCUGCAGAAACUUGUUGGGAAACCUGACAAAACAGAAGAUGACACAGACCGAGAGGCCCAGCUGUUAGAGAUGAGACUGACCCUUACAGAAGAAAGAAAUGCCGUAAUGGUGCCUUCUGCUGGCAGUGGGAUCCCUGGUGCACCUGCAGAGUGGACACCUGUGCCUGGUAUGGAGACGCACAUUCCAGUCAUUUUCCUUGAUUUAAAUGCGGAUGACUUUAGCUCGCAGGAUAACCUUGAUGAGCCUGAAGCAGGUGGCUGGGAUGCCACCCUGGUUGGUGAAGAUGAAGAUGAGUUCUUUGAACUGCAGAUCGUAAAGCACCAUGAAACUGAGGUGAAGGCUGAAGCUUCCUGGGAUUCCACAGUCCAUAACUGCCCGCAGCUCAGCAGAGGAACAGCAGCAGAGCAAAGGGUUUUUCUGAUAGUGCGGGUGAUGGUGCAACUCAGCCAUCCUGCAGAAAUGCAGAUCGUCCUCCGCAAGCGGAUAUGUGUCAAUGUCUAUGGCAAGCAGGGGUUUGCCCAGAGUUUCCUGAGAAGAAUGUCCUACCGAAGUUCUGUUCCUGGCUGCGGAGUCACCUUUGAAGCAGUUUCAAAUAUCCCAGAGGAUGCUCAAGGAGCAGAGGAACGUGAGGCACUAGCAAGAAUGGCAGCCAAUGUUGAAAAUGCAGCUUCAGCUGACUCGGAAGCCCACAUAGAGAAGUACCUCCGGAGUGUGCUGGCUGUUGAGAAUAUUCUCACUCUGGACCGACUGCGCCAGGAGGUUGCCGUCAAAGAACAGCUAACGGGCAAAGGAAAGCUGUACAGAAAGAGCCUCAGUUCCCCAAAUGUCAAUCGACUUUCCACAAGUCGCCAAGAUCUAAAUCCACCAUAUAGCCUUGCUACUUCCAAAUGUCCAAAGGUCCUGGCAGAGAGUCGUUGGGAAAGCCAGCAAGACAUAUCGCAGUCUUCAGCACAUUCCAAUAAAGCCCGGACAAGUCUGUCAGGCUCUGCUCAGCAAAAUGGUUCCAAUGACCCAGGACUUGGUAGCCUGGCUGCCUCCUACUUGAAUCCCGUGAAGUCCUUCGUGCCUCAGAUGCCAAAGCUGCUUAAAUCUCUGUUUCCCGCUAGAGAUGAGAAAAGGGGCAGGCAACCAUCUCCCCUUGCACAGCAGUCUGUCCCACGAAUUAUGGUUCAGUCUGCCAGUAUCGAUGCCAGUGCUGCAAAAAUUAAACAGGUUAUGCAUGAGGAGGGAAGCAAAGAGUCACUUGAGAUGACCAUGCAUUCUAGCGAGUUGGGGAAAAAUUCAGAAAAGUCACCUAAAGUGCCUUCACAUCAGUCUAUGGCAGACGUUCCAACACAGGACUCCCAAGAAGGGCCACCAAGCCCCUUAAGUGAAGCCUCUAGUGGCUACUUCUCCCACAGUGUUUCUACAGCAACCCUUUCUGAAGCACUUGCACCAGGAAAUGACUCCCCCCUUCAGGCCAGCAGCCAGAUGCCUGCAGCAAGUGAUGGGCCCCAGCCUGCAAUGGCCACUCAAAUGAUGUCUGCUGCUGAAGGUCCUGCAAAGUUACAUUCUGUGGUAGGUUCUGAGGUUUCACCUCUUCUAAGAGGUGAUUUGAUGGGCCCUGGCCUUAAAAUAGAUCAUACAAGAACUAAAGACAACAACAGAGUUAAUGGGGAGGACAACUUAAGGUCAAAGGCUGUUGUCUCUUCUGUAGCAGUAGGUGAUGACCAAGCUAAUGCGUCUAUAGCUACUAAUGCUAAAGGCUAUUCUUCUACCUCCUCCUCAAAGAAAGAGUUGCAGUUGAUGCAACCACCUGUAACUUCACUAACCUGGGACCCUCCUUCCAUUAUUGGUCAUGGCAAUUCCACAUCCGUUUCUGAAACUGGACCUUCAGAAUCUCAGGUUCUUCCCUACCUUUCACUUCAGUCCAGCAGUGCAGCCUCUCCAUUCAAAAUCCAAAGAGUAAGGACAUCAGAACUUAAGUCCUUCUCAAACAUGUUGGGAGGAGAACAAGGAGGAUUCUCAAGCUCCGAGGAAGAGAAGGUCGAAGACAGAAACAAACAGAAUUCACAGGAAUCUGGCCAGAACAACGGCACAGACACUGGCUCUGAAGAAAAACUGGAAGUAACAUCUGACUCAGAAGAAGCCAAUGAAAUACCAGACUGGCUAAAGGAGGGUGAAUAUGUGACUGUUGGUACAAAUAAGACUGGAACAGUGCGAUAUGUUGGCCCAACAGACUUCCAGGAGGGAACAUGGAUUGGUGUAGAGUUGGAUUUGCCAUCGGGUAAGAAUGAUGGUUCGAUUGGUGGACGGCAAUAUUUCAAGUGCAAUCCAGGCUAUGGUCUCCUUGUGAAACCAAGUAGGGUAAAAAGAGCCACAGGGCCUGCAAGACGUCGAAGCACUGGCCUGAGAUUGCAAGGUGGAGUCACACCUGAGAACCGGAAGAGCAGCAGUUUGUCUGGUUCAGCCUCCAACUUGGCUUCUCUGACUGCCUUGGCCAAAACUGAAGGAGGAUCCACUUUACGGCCUGAAAAGACCCAGAAGAAUACUGAAAACAGGAAAUCAUGGGCGACAUGAAAGAGGCCUGCUUGAGACCACACUACCUUGUUGAAACUGACACUUUGGAAUGGCUUUACUUGCACAACUAAGCCAACCCAAGGGAUUACCAGCACAGGGCAAAGUCCUAAGGGGUGGGGGUGGGGGGGUGGAUUCCUUGCUAGAAUCACUGAGGUAUAAUAAAUCCUUGCCUUUUUUUUGUGAUGAGGGAAUUGUGUUGAGAUUCCUGAUGCAAAUGAUGGCACUUCUAUUUCUGCUUUUACCAGUUCUUUCCUACACAUGUGUGCACAUAUAGGCAACAAAUCAGUGAGUGUGCUUCAAGGGAAAGCUAUUUGCCAUAUUGAUUGCAUCUGUUUCCAGCUCUUUUGAGAGAUACAAACAUGAGGGCCGCGGUCAGACGCACCAUCAAAUCCAUCAGCAAGGCGUUCCUGUUUUGUCCAUCCUUAUUUGAAACAUUGUUGCCCGAUCAGACAUCCCAAACAUAAUCCACCUUGCCGAGUGCCUGUCCCGUCGUUGACUGAUCAGAUGGCCCGGCCUUUGCGCAUGUGCAUAAACAAUGCCGCUGAUUGGCUCAACCUCAGGGACUAUUUUCUAGAAAUACGGACUAAACAAUGAUUGUGUCACAAAAUUCAACCCCAACAAAAUUAAAAAUAAACAUUUGCAGUUGCUCGGAAUUCAUCUGUUGUGGUGCUUAAAGCACCCAGGAGCCCUUCCGCCUUCUGCUGAUCCUUUUGCGGUUAUGCGUGUAUCGCUAAGAUUUUUUAAAAAUGGCGCUGCUCUGGGAUGCAAGUUGAGACGACUCGCUAACGCUGUUAUGAUCAGACAGGGGAAAUCUGUUUUUGGCCCGUCGUCAAACAUUUAGAACCGGAUUUUAUCCACUAUCAAAAAAGUCCGACAGUAAGUCACAGCAUGACGGGAUACUCACAACUCACCGACUACUCCCAGAUGUUGUCGUAUGGACGUGCACUUUCAAUCCGAAGAGCAUGCGCUGCUGUGUCGGAUAAAAAUGUACGUCUGACCGCAGCCGAGGAUAACUUUCUGUUUGUUGCUAGAGAGCUGUUGACAAAAGGCUCACCCUUGAAGUAUAGUAAAGCACAGAAAAGCACCUAGCAGGUGAGGGAGGGCCUGCUAGAAAUGGUGCCUAUCACUUUUGCGGUUGGUUUCUGGUGUUUCACUGCUCCUAUUGGUCCAUGGGAAAGCAUUGCUCUUCACUCUGUUGGAAUGGGGGAUUGGGGCCAGUUCACCCAAUCCGUAGCUUUUAUGAUGCUAAAACUUUUUAAAAACAUAUCUUUAGUUUCAUGAGGGUCUUAGGUGAUUUUAACUUUUUGUAUUUUAAAAAGAGAGACAGGAAGUAAUCUGUUUUCUUCCCAUCUGGAAUCCUGGAUCUUUUUAUUAAUUUAAACUUACCAGCAUGCCGUUUGGUGCUACUGUAUUUAUAAAGUUGGUUCCCAGUCACUGGUCUAAGUUUUGGUCAGAGUAGCUCUGUAACACUGAAUGUCCUGAUGUGGCCAUCCCUUCUUACAUUGUGGGUUUUAACAUGUUUGUAAAGCAGAUACUUAUUCCUUUUCCCAGUGCUAUGGUAUUUAUUUGUUAUUUAUUGCUAUUUUAAAAAUAAUAAUAAUAAAGCCCUUGCGACUUUACAAUCAA